AUGGGUCAACUUGGACAGGGGAGUGCUAGCUCCAUUGCCGAAACAUCCUUGGCCGCCUUGCCUCCGAUCGAUGUAGGGACUGGUCGAACGGUCCGACAGACGGGUCAGGGAGGUGCAGCGGAGGUCGGCACGGACCCGGCGGACCUGGGCGACGGCUUGGUCGUUCUGGACGUUGGCAGUGGCAAUCUGGUCCUGGAUGUGGUUGCAGCUUGGUAUUACACCUGCGCGUUGCUGAACGACUUCUGCACCAAAUGCUUUGGAGACACCACAGAUUAUUCCAUCAUCUAUGGCGAUGAGCCGGACCGCUCGUCAGCUGACCGCGGGCUUAGUUCACCGCUGCGCCGUGCUUGA